GUAAAAAAAAAAAAAAAAAAAACACCAAACAAACAGCAGGAGCGGAGUUUCUCACUCAGCCCGCGGAUAAACCCCCCGCCCACAUACACACCGCGGACCCAGAACCAGACCUCUGACCUGCCCUCAGCCCGGGCGGUGUUAGUGUUAACCCGGGCGGUGUGAGUUACGGAGCGCGGUGCGGGCGGUGUGUCGGUGUUACUGCGGGCGGUGUGUCAGCCGGCUGGCGGCGGUGUGUGAGGAUGAGCUGCUCGGGUCGCUCCCCGUCGGCUCCGCUCGGCUCCAGCCGCCAUGAGAAGAGUCUGGGUCUGCUCGCCAUCAAGUUCGUGACUCUGCUGCAGGAGGCGAAGGACGGAGUACUCGACCUAAAAGUGGCUGCAGACAGUUUGGCUGUCAAACAGAAAAGAAGAAUCUAUGAUAUCACAAAUGUUCUCGAAGGGAUUGGACUCAUCGAGAAAAAGACCAAAAACACCAUCCAAUGGAAAGGAGAAGGUUCAGACUGCCAGCCACAGGAGCUCUUGGAGCAGGUGGAGAUUUUGAAGGCACAGAUAUCUGAACUGGAGAAGCAGGAAAGGGAACUGGACAUGCAGAAAGUUUUUCUACAGCAGAGUCUCAAACAUCUGAAAGAAGACCCCAACAGCAACAGAUAUAAUUAUGUGACGCACGAGGACAUAUGUGAUGUGUUCAGUGGCGACACUCUCCUGGCAGUAAUGGCUCCUGCUGGGACACAGCUAGAGGUUCCAGUUCCUGAAGUGUCUCAUAAUGGUCAGAAGAGAUACCAGGUGAAUCUGCGGAGUGACUCGGCUCCUAUCCAGGUGAUGCUGAUUAACAGGAAGACGAGCGGCUCUAAGCCUGUUGUAUUCUCUGUCCCGCCUCCGGACGACGUGUCUGCCAUGCCCACUCCGCCCAGCACACCUGCUGGUUUGCAGAGAUACCCCAUCUCUUCGUCAGACCCCUGCGGAUUGGAGCACAGCCAGCUGGAGAGUCCAGCAUCUCCUGAGAUCCAGCUCACACCCUCCUCCAGUCCUCCAGAUGUUCAUAUGGAGUGCCACCCUGAGUCACCUGGAAGCCAGUGCUUGCUGAUGCAGGAGCCCAUGGUUGGUAGUGAGGCAGUAGUGCAGCUGCAUGGGGCGCUUGGUGGCCAGGAUAUGCAGUCCAUGCUGGAUGUGGGAAGUCUAUUCAGACUAAACAAUAUGGACCAAAUGAAGGAGGAAAGAGAAGGUGUUGCUGACCUCAUAGAUGAACUUAUGUCGUCCGACGUUUUUCCUCUGCUACGACUCUCGCCCAACCCGGGUGUGGAUUACAACUUCAACCUGGAUGACAACGAGGGCGUCUGUGACCUGUUCGAUGUACACAUUCUUAAUUAUUAAGAAAAGAUGGACGCAUCAGUGGGUUUUGGCGUGACCGGCCGCACGACUCUGUUUACUCUGAGCAGAGAUCCGAGUCGUUCUCUCUUCCAUGGCAACGAUCCACAGCACUGCCACUGGCAAACGCCAACGACUUACAUUCCAACACACUGACACAGUGACCUCCACACACACACACACACACACACCACUACAGCUUUGAUUUGCAUUAAUAUUCCAACUCCCCUUCAGUGGAGUGUGCUUUACUGUUACUCCCUCUCUCUGAUGCAGGGCUGGAUGUUGUGAAUGUUUACUAGAAUUUGGUUUGGAAGCUUCAGGCAUUAACUUUUUAAAGUUUGGUUGACAGAGAUGGUUGUCAACAGUAAUUCUGUUCUGUUUGGGGGGGCUUUGCAAACUUAUGGUAGCCCAUUCCCUUCACUUAAAAAAAAAAAGCUAUCUCAUUAUUUGGAGAUUCUACCUCCUUUUGGAAUAACUGUAUUUGUAAGUGCUAUCUUAUUUUGAGAUUCUAGGUCAGUGUUUUAAACUUUACAUUGGCUUAGUAUUAUUUUGACCUUCAAAUUCAUUAUAGUGAGAUGCUAUGUUGUUAUUUAAAGUACUUUUAGUAUUUCAAAAUUGAUUUGGCUUCUCAACUAACUAUUUCAAAAAUAAUAAGGGAAUAUCUCAGAAUAAUGAGAGAUAAUUUAAUACAGUUAUGUGCUGGAUUUGUUUUCUACAUGGCUUCCAUACAAACUACAUUAAUAGUAGUUUUGUUUUUCUUAUUUUUUAGCUGUUACUCAAAGAUGUGCCUUAGGAUGGUAGUCCUGUUUAUAGGUCUUUUCAACAGAGCUGUGAAAUCGUAGGGGUUUUGCCAUUAUACAGAUUACAUAGUGAUCUGGGUAAUCAUUUGUAUUUGUUUAUAGUAUGUUUUUGGUUGGUUGAUUUGUUUUGUAUGUAUGAAGAAUUGUGGUGCUGCCUUAUAUUUCAGCCUCAGGCGUUUACUUUAAUGUUCUAUUGGAUAAAGAAAAAUAUUUAAGUGAUUUUUUUUUUGUAAAAUAACCUGAAGAUGGUUGUUUAAUUUAAUUAUCAUUUCAAGUUUUCCUAAACGAGCCAAUGUUAAGCUGUUAAAGCUGCCUUUAAUUAUCUAUAGGGCAAACCGGGCAAAUAAUUGUGCCUUUUGUAGCACUUUUUGAAUAUGUGCUUCCUUUGUUUGUGUUGUUUUUCUAAUUGAAGCAGUGAUUUGGUUUGUUUUAUGUUUUUUUUUGCACAUUUUUUAUAAAAAAAAUGU